AUGGGCAUCAUCAAACAGCCGGCAAAGUCCUUCGAAUUCUAUAGCAACUCAAGUAUGAAGCUGAACGGUGGUACGUUAAUUGCUCUGCUUAGUGUUUGCAUUAACAACGAUUGCAAGCAACAGGCUUCGGAUAUUUUGGCGAACCGCAAAAAGUUUGAUUUGCGUCUUGAUGCACGUGGUUACAACCGUAUCAUGAUGACACUGGAAUUUCUGGAGCGGAACGACGAGAUUAAGGAUAUUCUGGAGGAGAUGGUCAAAAAAAAUAUUCAGUUCGACACCAAAACGCACCAGAUUAUUGAGCGCAACGCUCAGUUCCUUCAGGAUACAAAUUUUGUUGCCAGUCCUAACAAGAGCAGAGCUGCCGGCUAUACCAUAAGCCCGCGCAUUCGCGAAUUGCUUGCACAGGGAAAGUAUAGUGAGGCAGCUGCGUAUGUAGACUCUAUUGUAAAAUCUGUUGAUGAGUCGCAACUGCCCGAAGACUUUGAAGGCGAAAUUCCUAAAGGAGCAUUGAUUGUGAGCUCAAGUGUGGCGAAAGACGUCGUGCAAGCGUAUAUCAAGACGGAGCAAUAUGACAAGGUAGCUGGUGUGGUCAAGGGUUUUUCCUUGGUGCAUGGCAAGUAUGCGCACGCUUUGGGUGAAGUUUUUACGCACUACACGAAGGAUAGAACGAAGACGGCUGAUGAGCUUAGCUAUGCUGCCAGCAAGGCAAUGCUUUUUCAAGGCAUUCGAAUUUACCGCGUGCAUGACGCGCUGGUGCUUUUCCGUCGCUUUCACGAUUCUGAUGCCGCUCUAGAGCUAUUCAACCAGGUGCUAGCUUCGUAUUGGGGCAAGGAUGGCAGGAAUGCGGACAUGCUUGCUGGGGACGAAGAUGCUAGAAAGCCCCGUUAUGUGACUUAUAACAUCGGCAAGGUCGUUGACUUGGUCAUGCAGACGCUGGCGGAAGAUGGCAGGAUGGCUGAUGCUCUGGAUACCUUAAACAUGAUGGAAAGUCGGGGAGUGCAUGCUGUACAAUCUACUUACGUCGCGAUUCUUAGCUCGAUGCGGAAGUUCUUGCAAAACUCAAAUAAGGAUAUCACGAAUCCAAAAGUGGGAAGCAAAAAAAAGCAGCAGCGGUUGGAGCUGCUAGAGGCUUUUACUGAGGCUCAGAGUGACCCUAACGAUUGCUACAUCUUGCCGCAUAUGUGUUACGAAACGCUUCUAGCAUUUACAGCAAAGGAGGGUACUGUGUCAGAUGUAAGGCAGCUGUAUGAUGAAGCUGUGAGCUUCUUAGACAAAAAGGAAGCGUUUGGUGUGCCACGCAGUUGGAUGACAAUCCUAAUUGAAAAGCUUGCCGAGGAAGGCAACGUGGAAGAGGCCGAGCAGCUGACGAAGCAGAUGCUUGAAAUGUGUGGUAGCUUCACGCUUCGAGCUGUAGUCUCAGUGCUGAGAGGAGCUUUAGAAGCCCAGAAACUGGAUGUCGUUGACAGUAUGGUGGCGCUUAUGGAAGAACGGGAGUUUAUUAUAAGGUUGUCUGACGCCUACGAGUUGGUGCAUUUGGCCCGACAGAAGGAUCUUGCAGAGAAGGCGCUGGAUAUCAUUCGAAUUUUCGAGAGGGGUAACCUAAAGGAAGUGGCUCCUGCUGCAGAUGGAUCAGGCAACCUGGAAGAAGCCUAUGUUCGUCGCCAGCGCGGCGAUUCGCACGCGUUCCGAAAGGUGAGAACCAUGUACACUGUUGCUCUUAAGGCGUGCGAAAAGGGUGGGCUUUGGAAACAGGCGCUUGUACUGCGUGAUCAGAUGACGACACUAUUGGGAAAGGAGGUCAUGGACGAGAUUGCCACGAGUAUGAGUGCUACAACGAUGCAGCGCAAGGAGAAUAAGCAGUCAAUGAACGAGUAG